AUGGCUAAGUCUCAAAUCACUCCAAUGGAAAGCAUGAGUUUCAUUCUAACAACAUGUUUCCUCUUGAGUAUAGUCUUAUCUUCAACAAAUGCUGAGUUUACCAAAACCACUUACAUCAUUCAAAUGGAAAACUCGGCGAAACCAGAAGUGUUCUCCAGUCAUCUAGAUUGGUAUUCAUCAAAAGUAAAAUCAGUUUUGUCUAAAUCAGUAGAUGCUGAAAUGGACAACAAUGAUGAUGAAGAGAGAAUCAUUUAUAGUUACAGUACUGCUUUUCAUGGAAUGGCUGCUAAGUUAAGCACAGAAGAAGCGAAAAAGCUAGAAUCUGAAGAUGGUGUUGUAGCUAUAUUCCCUGAUACAAAGUAUGAACUACACACUACAAGAAGUCCUUAUUUUCUUGGUCUUGAACCGAUUCAAACCAACAACGAAAGCUGGUCGGAAAAACGAGUUAGCCAUGAUGUUGUAGUUGGAGUUUUGGACACUGGUAUUUGGCCUAAGAGUGAGAGUUUCAAUGACGCCGCAACUAGUAAGAUUGAUGAGCAAGCAGAUUACAAAUCACCAAGAGAUCAAGAUGGUCAUGGAACUCACACUGCAGCUACUGUUGCUGGAUCUCCAAUUCAUGGUGCUAAUCUUCUUGGUUAUGCUUAUGGAACCGCAAGAGGAAUGACACCAGGUGCAAGAAUUGCAGCUUACAAAGUGUGUUGGACUGGUGGAUGUUUCAGCUCAGAUAUUCUAUCAGCGGUUGAUACAGCAGUAGCCAACGGAGUACAAGCAGAAAUUCAAAGCAUUGGAAGCGAUGGUCGAGCAAGUGACACGUUAAGCGAAAUAGCGACGGUUCGUUUUGCCGGUUUGGUGAAGUAUCAACAGAUCCAAACCGCUAAUAACAUACCAGAUGCUAACAAUAUAACCGCUGGUGAUACGCUUUGGAUUCCUUUGCCUCGUGGCUGUGAUAAGGUGGAUGACAGCAGUGUUUUGCAUUAUGCACAUGUUGUGGAAUCUGGGUCAGAUGCUUCAGUUACUAAUGCAACUGUUAAGCCAUCUGAAUCAUCAGCUAUACAAAGGAGCACCAAAGUUAUUUCUAAAGCUCCUAUUUCUCAACCUCCCUCUGUGAGUUCUGGUUUAGCAGGACCUACAACUCCUGCUAAGGGUAUGCUAUUCCCAAUGUAG